ACUCAGAACAUCAUUAUGUCUAAGCUUGAUAAAAGGAGAAAAGGAGUCUUUGGUCCUCCUCUAGGAAAGAAAAUGGUGGUAUUUGUUGAUGAUGUCAAUAUGCCAGCAAGAGAAGUCUAUGGGGCUCAACCUCCAGUGGAGUUACUUCGUCAGUGGUUGGAUCACUGGAACUGGUAUGACCUGAAAGACUGUACUAUGAUUAGACUUGUGGACAUCCAGAUCAUUUGUGCAAUGGGGCCAGCAGGUGGAGGUCGAAAUCCGAUCACUCCUCGAUAUCUGCGACACUUCAACACAAUUACCAUUAAUGAAUUUGAUGAUAUUUCGAUGUAUACAAUUUUCUCCCGAAUUAUAGAUUGGCAUCUUACUAUAUGUUACAACUUCCCUUCGGAAUAUGUUCAACUGACUACACAAAUUAUUAAUAGCACAAUGACUGUAUACAAAGAAGCUAUGGAGAACCUCCUCCCUACACCCACCAAAUCACACUAUUUGUUCAAUUUGAGAGAUUUCUCUCGGGUCAUUCAAGGAGUUUGUCUGUCACGACCUGAAACAACCAUUUCCUCAGGAACCAUAAAACGCCUUUGGGUUCAUGAGGUCCUUAGAGUAUAUUAUGACCGCUUGGUAGAUAAAGCAGAUCGAUCAUGGCUGGUUAAAUGUAUCCGUGAAGUAGUAACAAAGCACCUGGAAGAAGAUUUUGAUGAACUUUUCCAAAAUCUGGAUUUCAAUUUUGACGGUAGGGUAGAAGAGGAUGAUUUGCGAAGCUUGAUGUUCUGUGACUUUCAUGAUCCUAGAAGGGAGGAUACAAAUUAUAGGGAAGUCUUGGAUGUGGAUGAACUGAGAGUUGUUGUCGAGGGCCAUCUAGAAGAAUACAAUAAUAUGAGCAAAAAGCCAAUGCAGCUGGUUUUAUUUCGAUUCGCUAUAGAACAUGUUUGUAGAAUUUCACGCAUUUUGAAACAACCUCGUAGCCAUGCCCUUCUGGUUGGUGUUGGUGGAAGCGGUCGACAGUCCUUGACACGUUUAGCAGCGUAUAUGUCUGACUACACGCCAUUCCAGGUUGAAAUCUCAAAGAGUUAUGGGACCAAUGAAUGGCAUGAGGACCUAAAAGCCAUUCUGAGGAGAUCUACUGAAGGUGAGGUGCAAGGAGUUUUCUUAUUCACUGACACCCAGAUAAAAAGGGAGUCAUUUUUAGAAGACAUAAACAACUUGUUAAAUGCUGGAGAAGUGCCAAACCUGUUUGCGGUUGACGAGAAACAAGAAAUCUGUGAAAAGAUGCGCUCCAUUGAUCGACAGCGGGAUAGAUCCAAGCAGACUGACGGUAGCCCCAUUGCUCUUUUCAACAUGUUCAUUGAUCGUUGCCGGGAUCAGCUCCAUGUCGUCUUGGCUAUGAGUCCCAUUGGAGAUGCCUUCCGAAAUCGUCUCCGGAAGUUUCCAGCUCUUGUUAAUUGUUGCACUAUUGAUUGGUUUGAGUCAUGGCCUACAGAUGCUUUGCAGGCAGUUGCCUCUCGCUCCCUGGGCGAUAUUGAAAUGUCUGAAGAAACCAGAGCUGGCUGCAUUGAUAUGUGUAAAAAGUUUCAUACCUCAACCAUUAAUUUGUCCGAAUUGUUCUAUAAUGAGCUCCAGCGACAUAAUUAUGUAACUCCAACUUCAUAUCUGGAAUUAAUUUCCACUUUCCAAUCCCUGCUGGAAAAAAAGAGAGCUGAGGUGAUGAAGCUGAAAAAGAGAUAUGAAGUGGGCUUGGAGAAACUGGACUCAGCUGCUGCCCAGGUGGCCACCAUGCAGGUGGAACUGGAAGCCCUGCAGCCCCAGCUACGGGUAGCGAGCAAGCAAGUGGAUGACAUGAUGGUGGUGAUUGAGAAAGAAUCUUUGGAAGUUGCAAAGACGGAGAAGAUUGUGAAGGCCGAUGAAGAGGUAGCCAAUGAACAAGCCAUGGCUGCCAAAGCCAUCAAAGAUGAAUGUGAUGCAGAUCUGGCGGAAGCGUUGCCAAUCCUGGAAAGUGCAUUGGCUGCUCUGGACACUCUGACUGCACAGGAUAUCACAGUUGUCAAGUCCAUGAAGAGCCCCCCUGCUGGUGUGAAACUUGUUAUGGAAACCAUUUGCAUCCUGAAAGGGAUUAAAGCAGAUAAAAUUCCCGAUCCAACAGGCACCGGAAAAAAGAUGGAAGAUUUCUGGGGCCCUGCUAAGAAACUCCUUGGGGACAUGAAAUUUCUGCAAUCGCUUCAUGAGUAUGAUAAGGACAACAUACCUCCGGCUUACAUGAAUAUCAUUAGAAAACAGUACAUCACCAAUCCAGAGUUUGUUCCUGAAAAAAUUCGGAAUGCUUCCACAGCUGCAGAAGGGCUGUGCAAAUGGGUCAUAGCCAUGGACUCCUAUGAUAAAGUGGCAAAAGUUGUUGCCCCCAAAAAGAUAAAACUCAAUGCAGCUGAAGGGGAACUGAAAAUUGCUAUGGACGGUUUGAGAAAAAAGCAAGCAGCCCUGAAGGAAGUUCAAUACAAGUUAGCACAACUACAGAAAACUCUGGAACAAAAAAAGCAGGAAAAAGCUGACUUAGAAAACCAGGUUGACCUGUGUAGCAAAAAGCUAGACCGAGCAGAAAAAUUACUCGGUGGCCUUGGGGGUGAGAAAACCCGUUGGAGCCAGGCAGCUUUGCAACUAGGAAAACAAUAUGUCAAUUUGACAGGCGAUAUCCUCAUCUCAUCUGGCAUUGUAGCUUACUUGGGAGCCUUCACAUCACACUACCGACAAAAUCAAGCCCGGGACUGGAUAUUGACAUGCAAAGCCAGAGGCAUUCCCUGCUCGGAUGAUUUUUCUCUAACUACAACUUUAGGAGAAGCAGUGAAAAUUAGAGCUUGGAACAUAGCUGGGCUGCCUUCCGAUUUAUUUUCCAUUGAUAAUGGUAUUAUUAUCUCAAAUGCAAGAAGAUGGCCACUUAUGAUUGACCCUCAGGGUCAAGCAAACAAAUGGGUGAAAAAUAUGGAAAAAACCAACAGCUUGCAUGUCAUAAAGCUCAGUGACAGUGAAUUUGUACGAACACUAGAAAACUGUGUUCAGUUUGGUACACCUGUGCUGCUAGAAAAUGUCGCCGAAGAGUUGGACCCCAUUCUGGAGCCUCUUCUGCUUAAGCAGACUUUCAAGCAGGCUGGCAGCAUCUGCAUCCGCCUUGGGGAUUCGACCAUUGAAUACGCUCCAGACUUUCGCUUUUACAUUACAACCAAGCUGCGAAACCCCCACUACCUCCCAGAAACUUCGGUCAAAGUAACUUUGUUAAAUUUCAUGAUAACCUCAGAGGGGAUGCAAGAUCAGCUGCUUGGAAUAGUUGUUGCAAGAGAGAGGCCAGAUCUGGAAGAAGAAAAGCAAGCCCUGAUCUUACAAGGAGCUGAAAAUAAAAAACAGCUACAGGAAAUAGAGGACAAAAUUUUAGAAGUUCUGUCAUCAUCUGAAGGAAAUAUUUUGGAAGACGAGACUGCUAUCAAGAUAUUAUCCUCUUCUAAAGCUUUGGCUAAUGAAAUUUCAGAAAAGCAAGCUGUAGCAGAAGAAACGGAAAGGAAAAUAGAUGCUACCCGGAUGGGCUACCGCCCCAUUGCAGUUCAUUCAUCAAUCCUCUUUUUUUCAAUUGCCGAUCUGGCCAAUAUUGAGCCCAUGUACCAGUAUUCCUUAACCUGGUUCAUCAACCUCUUCAUCAUGUCUAUAGACAACUCAGAAAAGUCAGAUAUUUUGCAAGAAAGACUGAGGCUUCUCAAAGAUCACUUUACUUACUCCCUCUAUGUCAACAUCUGCCGCUCGCUCUUUGAAAAAGACAAGCUGCUCUUCUCCUUCGGCCUGAAUGUAAAUCUUCUGAAGCAUGAUAAAUUGAUUAAUGAGGAUGAGUGGAAGUUCCUGUUAACAGGAGGGAUAGGCCUGGACAAUCCCUACUCUAAUCCCUGCCCCUGGCUUCCCCAGAAGUCAUGGGAUGAAAUCUGCCGCCUGGAUGAUUUGCCAACCUUCAGAAGUAUUCGAAAGGAAUUUAUACGCUUGAAGGAAGGAUGGAAAACUGUAUACGAUAGUUUGAAUCCUCACCAUGAGGCAUUUCCUGAGGAGUGGCAAAAUAAACUAGAAGGGUUCCAGAGGAUGCUGAUCAUUCGUUGUCUGAGAUCUGACAAAAUUAUUCCCAUGGUGCAAGAAUUUAUCAUUAACAACUUGGGCCGUCUGUUUAUUGAGCCUCCUCCUUUUGACUUAAACAAAGCAUUUGGUGAUAGCCACUGCUGUGCUCCACUAAUUUUUGUGCUGUCUCCGGGUGCAGAUCCCAUGGCGGCUCUUCUUAAAUUUGCUGACGACCAGGGCUUUGGUGCAUCAAAACUCACCUCUCUGUCCCUGGGCCAAGGCCAAGGCCCCAUUGCUAUGCGCAUGAUUGAGAAGGCAGUAAAAGAAGGCAGCUGGGUAGUUCUGCAGAACUGCCAUCUUGCAACCUCAUGGAUGCCCACACUGGAGAAAGUCUGUGAGGAACUGAAUCCAGACACAACGCAUCCAGAUUUCCGUAUGUGGCUCACAAGCUACCCAUCUCCCAACUUCCCUGUUUCUGUGCUCCAGAAUGGAGUGAAGAUGACCAACGAGGCUCCUAAAGGCCUACGGGCAAACGUGAUCAGGUCAUAUCUGAUGGACCCCAUCUCAGAUGUGGAGUUUUUUAACAGCUGCAAAAAGCCUGCUGAAUUCAAGAAGCUCCUGUACGGCCUCUGUUUCUUUCACGCCCUGGUCCAAGAGAGACGAAAAUUUGGGCCGUUGGGCUGGAAUAUUCCCUAUGAGUUUAAUGAAACUGACCUGCGGAUCAGCGUGCAGCAGCUGAAUAUGUUCAUAAAUCAGUAUGAGGACUUGCCAUUUGAUGCUGUCCGCUACAUGACGGGCGAAUGUAAUUAUGGAGGCAGAGUUACCGAUGACUGGGAUCGGCGCACAUUGCGCAGCAUUCUAAACAAAUUCUAUAAUCCAAUUAUUGUGAUGGAUCCCAACUACAAAUUUGAUACCAGUGGCAUUUACUAUGCUCCUCCUGAAGGAGAAUAUCAAAGUUACAUUGAAUACACUAAGACUCUUCCUCUGAAUCCUGCCCCAGAGAUCUUUGGGAUGAACUCCAAUGCCGAUAUCACCAAGGAUCAAGCUGAAACACAGUUGCUCUUUGAUAAUAUUCUUCUCACACAGUCUCGUGCAACAGGUGCUGGCGCCAAGUCCUCUGAUGAAAUUGUUCGCGAGGUGGCAAGUGACAUCCAAAGUAAACUUCCCUCUGACUUUAACAUUGAAAUAGCAAUGAGGAGAUACCCAACAACCUACACCCAGAGCAUGAACACUGUGCUGGUCCAAGAGAUGGGCCGAUUUAACAAAUUAUUGCAAACUAUACGAGAUUCCUGCAUCAACAUUCAGAAAGCAAUCAAGGGUCUAGUGGUGAUGUCUGCAGAUCUGGAAGAAGUAGUAAAUAGUAUUUUGAAAGGAAAAAUUCCAGGCAUGUGGAUGAGUAAGUCUUAUCCAAGCCUCAAACCUCUUGGUAGCUACGUAAAUGAUUUUCUUGCCAGAUUGAAGUUCCUACAGACAUGGUUUGAAAAUGGAACUCCCCCAAUGUUCUGGCUUUCUGGAUUUUUCUUCACACAAGCCUUCUUAACUGGUGCCCAACAGAAUUUUGCCCGGAAAUACACCAUCCCAAUUGAUCUGCUGGGGUUUGAUUAUGAAGUUCUGGAAGACAAGGAAUACAAACACGGCCCCGAAGAUGGAGUCUACGUUCAUGGAUUAUUCUUAGAUGGAGCUCGUUGGAACAGGAAGACGAAGAAAUUAGGGGAAUCUUACCCCAAAAUCCUUUAUGAUAAUAUGCCAGUGAUGUGGCUCAAGCCUUGCCGAAGGUCAGACAUUCCCAGCAGACCCAGUUAUUUGGCUCCGGUGUACAAGACAAGCGAAAGACGAGGAACUUUGUCCACUACGGGCCACUCUACCAAUUUUGUGAUUGCAAUGAUUUUGCCUUCGGACAGGCCGGAGGAACACUGGAUUGGACGAGGCGUGGCCCUGUUAUGCCAGCUCAACUCCUAACCGAAGGCAGGCCGCCGGGAAAGAGGGCCUAAUGGGUCACCCUGCCCCAUUCAGUAGCUUUUUCAUCCCUUUUUUUUCUAAAGAAAUUCAAAUGUUUCAAAAAUUUUAAAUACACUUUAUUUGCAUCUUUUAAGUUGUAAAAAAAAAUAGAAUAAGUUGAAUGAAAUAAUAAUAAAAAGUUCUUGGGGGUAAAAAGCAAGUCUGCAUAAUUGUUUAUUCAAUAAUUUUAUUUUCUUAUGUUCCUUGUGAAUAAGGAACAGACAUUAACACAACACUGUUGACAAUGGACAAAAACAGCAUUUCAUCAUUUCCAUCCAUAUAUAUAUAUAUAUAUAUAUAUAUAUAUAUAUGGAUUUUGUUGUAACAAAUUAAAACACCACACCACCCCCUUCCAAAAGCUGUAUCUCAAAUAUAUUUCAGGACCAUAAUCACAUUGUUUCAACCGUUAAGGAAAGAAGUCACACUGCAUCCUAGGAUGCUACAGCAUUUUCUAAGCAAUCAUCAUCACAGCUGAUUCAGUGCAGUGUGAUCAAUAUGGGAUGUCACACAGUGACAGCAUUUUAAGAUACAAGUAACAUUUAUGCCCUCUAACAAGUACACAUUUAAAUGAGACUGGACUCCAGUGGAAGAGAAUGAUGAAUCCACGUAGAACAUGUAGCGGAAUCCCGAUUGUCCCAAAUGUGAUCACUUAAUUGUAUUUCAAAAAAAAAUAUAAAAAAAUGGGGGGGGGGGAAAUCAGCACCCAAGGAAAUAGGAGAAGCUAGGGCUGCUCUUCACAUAGUGUAACAGGCACACAAGUGAAUGAGGAAGGAUCGUCUCCCGAAGGCUCACCAAAAUCCUAACAUUCCACCACAGGACUGGUGUUUCGUAAAAAGAAAAAAAAUAUUAUUUAGUUCUAAUGGUUUUUUCCCAGAUUGACAUUACAUUAGAGAGCAUGCCAGCAGAAUGCAAAAGGAAAAACUACUACCUGAAGUAGAGAAAAGCUUUAUUCAUAAUUACAAAAACAGGCUUUGAAAAUCUUGUAUGCCUGACUUUUUUUUUUGCAAAAGAAAAAGAAGAAGAAGAAGAGAGAGAGAUCUCCUUCCAGCAGUCUGGCAGAUGCUAAUAAAUCAAGGGUCCAAGGGCCCAAAUCUUAGGAGAAGGAAGUCCCACUGAUAGAUAUCUAAGGGGAAUGCAGCAGCAUCUCCUCUAGCUUGACGGUAAGCAUUUUUAGCUGGAGUUGAGCUACUCUCUCUAGCAAAGGGUGAGACCAAAGAAGAUCCAACUUUUCAGUCUUCACAGUUGUUCUGAAAUCCAACUGGAUAUGCAGUUGGUAAGGAAGCAGGAGCCAGUCCUCUGUGGAGCCACCAGCUAACCAAAACACUGCUGUCCGUUAGUAUUCAGUCCCUCCCACAAAAGCCACCAUCGUCCGACAUACCUUUAAAGUAGGCAACACUUCCACAACUGCAGGAAUGUCUGGAGAAAAGUCAGUGGAAUGAUCAAAAAAAGUAAAUUGGAAUGAAAGCAUAUCUGGUUUCGUAAUUUUUAGGGAUUCUCUGAUGGGAAUCAAAAGAAAAGUAACCCCUCCCCGCUAAAACCCAAACCCACCAACCUUUUUUUUGCAGCUCAGCUUAUAUAUACUUUUUUUAAAAAAGGAAGAAAAAUACUGGAAGAAACUAACUCUCAAGAUUAGUUUUAGGACUAACCUGUUGUGUUCUUGUUUCCUGGGACUGGAAGUGUCGGCUCUUCUCAUAAUCUCUUACAAUCUGUCUCUAGGGGUUAAUAGUUGAUUGGCACAAACAUUCUCCCUAGGGUGAAGCUAAUCCCUGCAGAGUUAAGGCUUUUCCCCAAAUCUGCACAUGCCAUGAUGCUAGCUAUCAUAGAAGGCCUGAUCUAUGUAAUCUCUGCACCACACCUCCCUG